CGAGCUCGCUCGCUCUCUCUCUCUCUCUCUCUCUGUCCCUGUGAUUUAUUUAAUCCUCGUGAUCUCUUCCCUCCUCUUUCUUCCCUCCACGUCUUAACUCUUGGACUGGAUCUCGUCUUGGACCGAAGAGGAGAGAAGAGAAGAGAAGCGGGAGGAGGACGCCAAGAAAAAAGAUGGGGUUUUUGUUGUCUUUCUAUUAAUCUUGGGGUACUUCUGUAGGUACUCGAUGGGUUCCGCCCUGCCACAUUCUGUGGGUUUCGUCGUUCGGGAAGGCAGGAAGAAGAGUGGUUUAGAAAGGAUUGCUAAUAUUGGAUAAAAGGAGUGGUCCUGGAAGGGGUAUUGCUAUUGAUCCAGCAACAUGACAGUAGAUAAUCCACCUGUGACAGCCCAAGGUGCUAGGGUGAGCCAAUCUUCCUUCAGCUCCAGCAAUGGCAAUGCCACCCCUUUCCACUCCACUGAUGGCAGUGCCACCCCUUUGCACAGCUAUGCUGCCAGUGUGAAUGAUGAUGGAUAUGACAGUGAUGGCUCCUACUCUACUCCCCCUACCCCAACAACCCUGUCAAUGUUUUUUCCACCUGAGCUUGCUGGUGCUAUCCCUUUGAUCAACAGAUUCCAGGUUGAGGGAUUUUUGAAAUCCAUGCAAAAACAAAUUCAAUCUGCUGGAAAACGUGGUUUUUUCUCAAAAAAAUCUGUUGGUCCUCAAGUUCGUGAAAAGUUUACAUUCGAGGACAUGCUGCGUUUCCAAAAGGAACCUAUUCCAACUUCUUUGCUUAAAAUGAGUAGUGAUCUGGUAAGUCGGUCCAUCAAAAUGUUUCAGAUUAUUCUGCAGUAUAUGGGAGUUGAUUCAUCGGAGAAAAUAACUAUAUUGAGUCUGGAAGAGCGGAUUGAGCUUUUUGCAAAGCUUUAUAAGCAAACUAUGAAGCGUUCUGUGCUUCGAGAUGAGCUUUUUGCACAGGUGUCCAAGCAAACACGUCAUAAUCCUGACAGGAGCUACUUGUUAAAGGCAUGGGAACUUCUGUAUUUAUGUGCCUCUUCCAUGCCUCCAGGCAAGGAUAUGGUGGCGUACUUAUCAGAAUAUGUUCAUUAUGUAGCUCAUGGGGUAAACACUGAACCUGAAAUCCGAGUGCUUGCAUCGAACACAUUAAAUGCUUUAAAACACUCAGUCAAGGCAGGACCUAGGCUUACAAUUCCUGCACGUGAGGAGAUUGAAGCUCUACUUACUGGUAAAAAGCUCACAACAAUAGUAUUUUUCCUGGAUGAAACUUUUGAAGAAAUUACAUAUGACAUGACAACAACUGUGGCUGAUGCUGUAGAGGAGCUUGCCGGGAUCAUCAAACUUUCAGUCUACUCCAGUUUCAGUCUAUUUGAGUACCGAAAAGUUGUCAAUGGUUCAAAAUCUCCUGAUGUCGGCAAUGAGGAAUAUAUUGGAUUGGAUGACAAUAAAUAUAUUGGUGAUUUGCUGGCUGAAUUUAAGGCAGCUAAAGACCGUAGUAAAGGGGAGAUUCUGCAUUGCAAACUUAUAUUUAAGAAACGACUAUUCCGGGAAUCAGAUGAAGCUGUAGCAGAUCCAAUGUUUCUCCAGCUGUCAUAUGUGCAGCAGUUGCAACAUGAUUAUAUUUUAGGAAAUUAUCCUGUUGGGAGGGAUGAUGCUGCACAACUUUCUGCUUUGCAAAUUUUGGUCGAGAUAGGAUUCGUUGACCAUCCUGAUAUGUGUGGUGAAUGGAUAUUACUUCUUGAAAGGUUUUUACCUAGACAAAUAGCGAUUACACGAGCAAAGCGGGACUGGGAAAUUGACAUUCUCUCUCGUCAUCAGUUAAUGGAACACAUGUCGAAGGAUGACGCAAGACAGCAAUUUGUUCGAAUCUUGAGGACCCUACCUUAUGGAAACUCAGUUUUCUUCAGUGUGCGGAAGAUAGAUGAUCCGAUUGGUCUUUUACCUGGCCGGAUCAUUUUAGGCAUCAACAAGCGCGGGGUUCAUUUUUUCCGUCCAGUUCCCAAAGAAUACUUACACUCUGCAGAUCUUAGAGAUAUCAUGCAAUUUGGUAGCAGCAAUACUGCUGUUUUUUUCAAGAUGAGAGUUGCUGGUGUUCUUCACAUUUUCCAGUUUGAAACUAAGCAGGGGGAGGAAAUAUGUGUUGCUCUUCAAACACAUAUAAAUGAUGUAAUGCUCCGUAGAUACUCAAAAGCUUGUUCUGCUGCUGGUAGAGCUACUCAUGGUGAUUUUUCUCAAACAGUUAAGCCGCCAAGCCUUGAUAUAUAUGAAAAACGCGUGCAAGAGUUGUCAAGAGCUGCUGAGGAAUCUCAGAAAAAUACAGAUCGAUUGUUGGAAGAAGUGCAUGCAAAACAGAAACAAAAAUUGAAGAUGCAGGAGGAAUUGCAAGGUCUGAAAGAUACCUUGCAGUCUGAGAGGCAAAAUCUACAAGAAGUUGUACGUGACCGUGAUAAACUUCAAACACUGUGUGCAGAAAAAGAUUCUGAUUUGCAGGCUGCAUUAGCCGACAAAAGGAGCCUGGAGGCCAGGUUGGCAAAACUGAGCACUAAAGUGCAACUUUUAGUAGAGAAUAAUACCAAGGAGUAUUUAUCUGGAUAUAAUCAUGCUAAAGGUGAUGGUUUGGUCAGUGAUACAGAGACAUUAAGCAAACUUCAAGAGGAGUUGAGACAAUGUAAAGAAGAGCUUCAUGCGUCAAAUGAAACUUCUAAGACACUGUUGAAGGAAAAAUCUUUGCUUGAACAGAAGAUCCAAAGACUCGAGAAAAAGAAUAACGAGAAGAGUAUAAUUGAAAGUAGUUUUGAAGAUGAACGUAGAAAACUCAAAUUGCGUAUUACAGAGUUAGAGCAGAGGUUGAAAAGUAUGUCAGAAGCCUUAAAUGCUGCUGAAUCUACUCUUACAAUGAGAACUGUUGAACUGGAUGCAGUACAAAACAAUCUAAAUGAGUUGGAAGAAUUGCGGGAAUUUAAAGAGGAUAUUGAUAGGAAGAAUGAACAAACAGCUGAAAUUUUGAGAAGACAAGGAGCACAGUUGGUUGAACUAGAAGCACUUUAUAAGGAAGAACAAAUUUUACGAAAGCGUUAUUAUAAUACGAUUGAAGAUAUGAAAGGCAAGAUAAGAGUCUACUGUCGUUUGCGUCCUUUAGAUGAAAAGGAGAUUGCAGCUAAGGAGAAGAGUGUUAUCAGCAGUAUAGAUGAAUUUACAGUUGCACAUCCUUGGAAAGAUGAUAAAUCAAAGCAACAUGUCUAUGACCAUGUUUUUGAUCAAACUGCUUCUCAAGAAGAAGUUUUUGAAGAUACCAAGUAUCUGGUGCAAUCGGCUAUUGACGGAUAUAAUGUUUGCAUAUUUGCAUAUGGUCAAACUGGUUCUGGGAAGACUUUCACAAUUUAUGGUUCAGAAAGUAAUCCUGGACUUACCCCAAGAGCAACAGGCGAACUUUUUAAAAUAAUGAAGUGUGAAAGCAACAAGUACUCAUUUUCUUUAAAGGUGUAUAUCGUAGAACUGUAUCAAGAUACUCUGGUAGACCUCUUAUUACCAAAACAUGCAAAGCGUUUAAAGUUAGAUAUUAAAAAGGACUCAAAGGGCAUGGUGUCUAUAGAGAAUGUGACAAUUGUCCAAAUUUCAAGCUUCGGAGAAUUAAGGACUAUUAUUUCCAGAGGAUUUGAACAAAGACAUACUGCAGGAACUCAUAUGAAUGAUCAAAGUUCAAGAUCACAUCUGAUACUUUCAAUUAUUAUCGAGAGCACCAAUCUUCAAACUCAAUCUCUUGCCAGAGGAAAGCUUAGUUUUGUAGAUCUUGCUGGUUCUGAGAGGGUAAAGAAGUCAGGUUCUGCAGGAAAUCAAUUGAAAGAAGCCCAAAGCAUCAACAAAUCCCUUUCAGCCCUUGCAGAUGUCAUUGGUGCUUUGUCUUCUGAUGGACAACAUAUUCCAUACAGGAAUCAUAAAUUGACAAUGCUCAUGAGCGACUCUAUCGGGGGCAAUGCUAAAACUCUUAUGUUUGUGAACGUGUCUCCAGCAGAGUCAAACUUGGAUGAGACUUAUAAUUCUCUGAUGUAUGCAUCUAGGGUUAAGUGUAUUGUGAAUGAUCCGAGCAAGAAUGUUGCCUCGAAAGAAGUUGUACGUUUAAAGAAGCUGUUGGCCUAUUGGAAGGAACAAGCAGGGAAGCGAGGCGACGAUGAAGAGUCUGAAGAGAUCCAGGAAGUACGACAUUUACGAGAGAGAACAGGUGGCCGGCUUUCUACUUGAAAGUUUACCAAAGGUGGCAGGUCCUUUCUUUUGAGCAAAGACAGGUCUUUCUUCUGAAAGACUGCAUUUUGUGCCGUCGGGAUGCCAAUCUCUACUACCCUUGGAGAUAGCAAACAAAUGUUCAAGUAUUUACCAACAGGCUUCAAGGAUAUAUUGAGAAGCAUGGGAUCAAUGUUGAUUGAGAAAGCCCAUACUUUUGUACAGUAGAAAAAUCAUAUCUGCAACAACUAUGAUGUAUACAUAAAUUACAUUUUCCAUUUAUAAGAAAAGUUCUUCAUAGAAUUA